AUGCCACUCUCAAUACGCCACAAGUCCAACCACCGCUACUGGUCCUACCGGACCAACCAGUCAGACAUCAGCAACAUCACCCACGCCAGCAACAUCACCCACGUCAACUACAUCAGCAACAUCACCAACGUCACCUACAUCGCCAACGUCAUCGACAUCACCAACGUCACCUACAUCAGCGACAUCACCAACAUCACCAACGUCACCGACAUCGCCAACGUCAGCAACAUCGCCUACGACAACUGUUCCUAUCUGUGUGACAUCCGCCACAAGUCCAACCACCGCUACUGGUCCUACCGGACCAACCAGUCAGACAUCAGCAACAUCACCCACGCCAGCAACAUCACCCACGUCAACUACAUCAGCAACAUCACCAACGUCACCUACAUCGCCAACGUCACCGACAUCACCAACGUCACCUACAUCAGCGACAUCACCAACAUCACCAACGUCACCGACAUCACCAACGUCAGCAACAUCGCCUACGACAACUGUUCCUAUCUGUGUGACAUCCGCCACAAGUCCAACCACCGCUACUGGUCCUACCGGACCAACCAGUCAGACAUCAGCAACAUCACCCACGCCAGCAACAUCACCCACGUCAACUACAUCAGCAACAUCACCAACGUCACCUACAUCGCCAACGUCAUCGACAUCACCAACGUCACCUACAUCAGCGACAUCACCAACAUCACCAACGUCACCGACAUCGCCAACGUCAGCAACAUCGCCUACGACAACUGUUCCUAUCUGUGUGACAUCCGCCACAAGUCCAACCACCGCUACUGGUCCUACCGGACCAACCAGUCAGACAUCAGCAACAUCACCCACGCCAGCAACAUCACCCACGUCAACUACAUCAGCAACAUCACCAACGUCACCUACAUCGCCAACGUCAUCGACAUCACCAACGUCACCUACAUCAGCGACAUCACCAACAUCACCAACGUCACCGACAUCGCCAACGUCAGCAACAUCGCCUACGACAACUGUUCCUAUCUGUGUGACAUCCGCCACAAGUCCAACCAGCGCCACGAGUCCUACCACCGCUACUGGUCCCACGGGACCAACCAGUGCUACAAGUCAGACAUCAGCAACAUCACCCACGCCAGCAACAUCACCCACGUCACCCACAUCAGCAACAUCACCAACGUCACCUACAUCGCCAACGUCACCGACAUCACCGACAUCCCCAACGUCACCUACAUCACCGACAUCACCAACGUCACCGACAUCACCAACGUCAGCAACAUCGCCUACGACAACUGUUCCUAUCUGUGUGAAAUCCGCCACAAGUCCAACCACCGCUACUGGUCCUACCGGACCAACCAGUCAGACAUCAGCAACAUCACCCACGCCAGCAACAUCACCCACGUCAACUACAUCAGCAACAUCACCAACGUCACCUACAUCGCCAACGUCACCGACAUCACCAACGUCACCUACAUCAGCGACAUCACCAACAUCACCAACGUCACCGACAUCGCCAACGUCAGCAACAUCGCCUACGACAACUGUUCCUAUCUGUGUGACAUCCGCCACAAGUCCAACCAGCGCCACGAGUCCUACCACCGCUACUGGUCCCACGGGACCAACCAGUGCUACAAGUCAGACAUCAGCAACAUCACCCACGCCAGCAACAUCACCCACGUCACCCACAUCAGCAACAUCACCCACGUCACCUACAUCGCCAACGUCACCGACAUCACCGACAUCACCAACGUCACCUACAUUACCGACAUCACCAACGUCACCGACAUCACCAACGUCAGCAACAUCGCCUACGACAACUGUUCCUAUCUGUGUGACAUCCGCCACAAGUCCAACCAGCGGCACGGGAUCCACGGGUCCAACCAGUGCCACAAGUCAGACAUCAGCAACAUCACCUUCGCCAGCAACAUCACCCACGUCACCUACAUCAUCAGCACCAUCACCAACGUCCCCGACAUCACCAACGUCACCUACAUCAGCGACAUCACCGACAUCACCAACGUCAGCAACAUCGCCUACGACAACUGUUCCUAUCUGUGUGACAUCCGCCACAAGUCCAACCAGCGCCACGAGUCCUACCACCGCUACUGGUCCCACGGGACCAACCAGUGCUACAAGUCAGACAUCAGCAACAUCACCCACGCCAGCAACAUCACCCACGUCACCCACAUCAGCAACAUCACCCACGUCACCUACAUCGCCAACGUCACCGACAUCACCGACAUCCCCAACGUCACCUACAUCACCGACAUCACCAACGUCACCGACAUCACCAACGUCAGCAACAUCGCCUACGACAACUGUUCCUAUCUGUGUGAAAUCCGCCACAAGUCCAACCACCGCUACUGGUCCUACCGGACCAACCAGUCAGACAUCAGCAACAUCACCCACGCCAGCAACAUCACCCACGUCAACUACAUCAGCAACAUCACCAACGUCACCUACAUCGCCAACGUCACCGACAUCACCAACGUCACCUACAUCAGCGACAUCACCAACAUCACCAACGUCACCGACAUCGCCAACGUCAGCAACAUCGCCUACGACAACUGUUCCUAUCUGUGUGACAUCCGCCACAAGUCCAACCAGCGCCACGAGUCCUACCACCGCUACUGGUCCCACGGGACCAACCAGUGCUACAAGUCAGACAUCAGCAACAUCACCCACGCCAGCAACAUCACCCACGUCACCCACAUCAGCAACAUCACCCACGUCACCUACAUCGCCAACGUCACCGACAUCACCGACAUCACCAACGUCACCUACAUUACCGACAUCACCAACGUCACCGACAUCACCAACGUCAGCAACAUCGCCUACGACAACUGUUCCUAUCUGUGUGACAUCCGCCACAAGUCCAACCAGCGGCACGGGAUCCACGGGUCCAACCAGUGCCACAAGUCAGACAUCAGCAACAUCACCUUCGCCAGCAACAUCACCCACGUCACCUACAUCAUCAGCACCAUCACCAACGUCCCCGACAUCACCAACGUCACCUACAUCAGCGACAUCACCGACAUCACCAACGUCAGCAACAUCGCCUACGACAACUGUUCCUAUCUGUGUGACAUCGUGUGUAGGACUCAGUGA